AGAAGCAUGCCUGCCUGCCACAGGAGAUGUGCGAAGGGGCGAUCGUUCGAGCCUUGUCUAUGAUGGAUGAUCGAAUGGAGAGAGCGGCAGUGUGCGUGUGUGGGGUGGCAUACCUAUGCGGGAUGGUUUGGUUAAGGGCUGGCAAGGAGGUGGAGGCCAAGGACUGGGUGAUCAGGAUCAGCAUACUGAAGGAAGGAGGACUUUCGCCGAGUGUUGGGCAGAGUCUAAGGCGAGAGGUGCUGGCUUAUUUAUGGGCGGGUUAUAGAUUCUUGCUAUUCCUAUUCUCUCCCCCGAGCAACUCCUCUUCGUCCUCUUCCUGUUACAGUCUGCUCGACGCUCCGACCAAUCAUCUACUGUCCUCUGUCAGUCUUGAACUUGAGCAUGGGUAAUCCUGACGUUUAUUUAGACAUCACCGUGGACGGCCACCCACUAGGUCGCAUUGUCCUCCAUCUCUUCGACUCCGUGGCGCCCGCCACAGCACGUAACUUCCGUGAACUCUGCACGGGCGAACAUGGGUUCGGAUACAAGGACUCUGCGAUACACCGUAUUAACCCCCAGUUCAUGAUCCAGGGCGGAGAUAUCACAAACGGAGACGGAACAGGAGGGAGAUCUAUAUACGGGUCUUCCUUUCCCGACGAGUCGUUCGAAGUCCGACAUGAUCGGCCGGGGCUGCUUUCGAUGGGGAGUCGGGGUCCGGGGACGAAUAGCUCACAGUUCUUCAUAACCACCUCCCCAGCCCCCUGGUGCGACGACAAACACGUCGUCUUCGGCCAGGUCGUAGAUGCGGAGAGUAUGGAGACCGUGAAGCGGAUACAGAGCUAUUCGAGCGAUCAUAUUUGGAGGAGACCGAGUCGGGAUGUGAGGAUUGUGAGGUGUGGGGUUAUGUGAGAAAUGCGGGAUGGGUUGGAGUAUGUGGUGACAAAAAGUACCUCGCGCCGUGCGCGGCUCUUCAUCUCAGUGUCUCAGCUUGUUCCCCUAUUUUAUUCGUGCUUUGUGUUCGAGGACUCUGUGCAUAGAUUGUUCUGUUGACAGUGUCGUCGUGCAUUGAACGUCCUGACAUUUCCCAUCCAUGACUUAUUGUAUCUUAUCCCAGCACUUAUUGCGCAUUCUCUGCGUCCUUGUUGAUAUAUCUUCUCUCUCUUUUCUUUCGUUUUUUUUUGUCCUUCUCCUUCCUUCGCACUCAGCUCGGGCUGUUCCUGCAUCAUGUUCGUUCGCUCUGCUAGCCUAACAAUUCACCUCGGUUCCUCCAUUUGCACCGAGCUCUGAAUCAUGUAUUUAUUUGUCUGUGUCUCAGUCUCGCGUCAAUUGGACAUUGCUAUCCUCGUAUCGAACUUCCUCAAUCCAUUGACAGCUUGGACUCGAACAUCGUCACUCAUACAUUAUCUAUUGCUUUC